UGCACUAGCAAAUUGUAGAAGCAAGCUAUCAUUUUCUUCUCUAUCCUUGAAGAGACUUGGAAAUUAAUGAGUAACAUUCACAUGACAAUUUUCAGAUGUUUUGUUCUUUGAAGCCUUUGGUGGAGAAUUAAUAAAAGUGCACAUGGAUAAAAUGAUCAUCUUAAAGGAUUUCAGCUCCAAAAAUAUAUCGGCAGGACUGGACAGGUUUGACAUAAUGAGAUUUCUAUUUUAGCUUGACUUUUGGAACUCUGAGUAAACUAUAAACUGGGCUACCCAAGAUCCUAGGACAUAAGUUUCUCUUUUCAGCCAUUCUAGUUGGAUCUAACAUUUUCCUUCUUCGGGUCCUUUGAAAAAGGAUAUUUAGUCACACAUUUCCUGAGAAAUAAGACUUAACUAGACACCUGCCGGUAUCUAAUAUAUGAAAUAGAUAGAAAGCAGCACACUGUGUCAUGCUGUAAAACAAAUCAAAGAAACUGAUACUGUGAAGUAAGAGGAGAAAUCUGUAUCCCCUCUGGCUGAGAUGGCAGAAGCGCCUGUGGAUGCCUCAACUCUCCCUGUAACGGUGAAGAAAAAGAAAAGUCUGUCCAUUGAGGAAAAGAUUGACAUCAUAAACGCAGUGGAAAGUGGCAAGAAAAAAGCCGAGAUUGCAGCUGAAUAUGGAAUAAAGAAAAAUUCACUGUCUUCUAUUAUGAAAAACAAAGAUAAAGUUCUAGAAGCCUUUGAAUCGCUGAGAUUUGAUCCAAAGAGGAAAAGACUGAGAACUGCUUUUUAUACGGACCUAGAAGAGGCAUUAAUGAGAUGGUAUCGAAUUGCUCAGUGUCUAAAUGUACCAGUUAAUGGUCCAAUGUUGCGUCUGAAAGCUAAUGAUUUUGCCCAGAAACUGGGACAUAAUGAUUUUAAAUGCAGUAAUGGUUGGCUGGACCGUUUUAAAUCCAGGUAUGGUUUAGUAUUCAGAGCACAACCUGUAGAAGCCACAGGCAUAGCAGUAGACCCAUCAUCUGUCUGGUACCAAAAUAUUCUACCUUACUAUUUAAAUGAUUAUCAUCCUAAAAAUGUUUUUAAUAUCAAAGAGACUGGACUCCUUUAUCGUAUGUUACCUACAAAUACAUUUGCAUUUAAAGGAGAAACUUGCUCAGUUGGAAAACUGUACAAAGACAGAAUAACUCUGGUGGUUGGUACAAACAUGGAUGGCUCAGAGAAACUUCCUUUGCUUAUCAUUGGGAAAAACAGAAGUCCACAUUGCUUCAAAGGUCUAAAGUCAUUGCCUGUGUAUUAUGAAGCUAACAGAAUGGCAUGGAUGACCCCAGACAUCUUUGAACAGUGGAUGCAGAAGCUUGAUGAGAAGUUUCAAGCUCAGCAACGAAGAGUGGUGAUUUUUGUUGACUCUUUUCCUGCACAUCCAGAGGUAAAGAACCUAAAGUCCAUUGAGCUAGCAUUCUUUCCAUCCUGUUUAUCUUCCAAGUUUGUAGCAAUGAAACAAGGUGUUAUUAAAAGUCUUAAAAUCAAAUAUCGACACUGUCUCAUCAAGAAAUUUUUAAGCUCUGUUGAAGGUAGCAAAGAAUUUACAUUUUCACUACUCGAUGCAGUUGACACACUGCAUCUCUGUUGGAGGGCUGUAACCCCAGAGACAAUUGUUAAAAGCUAUGAAGAAGCAGGAUUCAAGUCUCUGAAGGGAGAAAACGACUCAACAAGUGCAGAGAGCGAUACUGGUAUUGACUUGGUGGCCCAUGCUCUAGGGGCAGGGGUGGAAUUUCCCGAGGGUUUGUCUAUAGAGGAGUAUGCUGCCCUGGAUGACGAUCUGGAGACUUGUGAAGCAGCACCAAGCGAGGACUUGGAAUGGACCAAAGACAGUAAAUCUGAUGAGACUGGAUUUUAUACUUCUGAUGAAGAGGAAGAUGGGGGGUCUCUAGAAACGGAAUCCCCUAUACCAUCAAAAACUGAAGCAGUUACUGCUUUAGACACUCUUAAAAAAUUUCUUAGGAGUCAAGAUAUGAAUGAUGGGCUUCAUGACUCUUUAGCAGACCUUGAAAAUUUUAUUAACUCUUUAUCAUUGAAAUAAUUAUGUAUCAUACAUCUGAAGAAUAACUUCUUGAUGUAUUUUAUUAUAUAUGGUAUGCAAAGAAAAUUACCACUUAAAUAGAAAUUUUUUUAAAUUUGGCUUGAUCACCAAAGCCUUUGA